AUGGACUUGGAGAAGCUCUACAGAGAAGACCACACACUCUUCAAAGUCAUCAUUGGAGGUUUCAACACCAAGAUUGGACUAAGAAGAACGUCUGAAGAACGUCACAUUGAGACCCACGGAUUAGAAUGGAACGAACAGGGUGAGCGGCUAUCUGAGUUUAUCAUGGCGAACAAGACAAUCCAUGGCAACUCGCAGUUCCGGAAGCCCCACCCUCAGCGCAGGACGUGGGUGUCUCUCAAUGGAGAGUACCGUAACGAAAUAGACUACAUAAUAGUAAAUAGAAGGUCUUGCCUAACAGAUGUCACUGUUGUCCCAAAAUUCUGCACGGAAUCAGACCGCCAACUCCUUCGUGAAAGAUUCUAUUUCUCGCGGAAAGGAGAAGAAGCCGCCAAAUUCCAAAACAGAAAUCCCAGAAACACCGCAAACUGGGAUUUCUUCAAGUCAUUAGUCGGCUGUUGGGAAGAUGCCGUUAUCGAUAACAUCGACGAGGAACACCAUGGGCUCAUUCAAUAUCUUCACGCUAGCACCCAGAAAUACUCGAGCUGA